AAAGAAAUACAUAAUUUUAAUUCAAGCCAAGUGUUUUCCAAGCAGAUUAUAUUUGCUUAAAUUGCUACAGUAAUUCAAGGACAGCCCUGUCUGGACACACAGUCACUGUGGAUUUUUAAGAGACUCAGUUAAAGAAUUUAGGAAUAUCUGAUUCAAUUUACAGGAUUUGCAAAUUCAUCAACCCCUGAAAACUAAAGCAAACUCAACAGGACAAAAAAAAAAAAAAAAAAAAAAAAAGAACAUGGGCUUUUUAAGUCCAGCAUGUGUCCUUUUCUGCUUUUUUGGAGUCAAAGUAUACUGCCAAUAUGAAAAUUAUCAAUGGGAUGAAGAUUAUGAUCAAGAGCCAGAUGAUGUCUACCAACCAGAAUUUCAAUUUCAUCAGAAUGAGGACUAUCAAGUUCCUUUUCAUCAGUACAUGUUAGGCUGUGCCACUGAAUGCUUCUGCCCACCCAACUUUCCAUCAUCAAUGUACUGUGACAAUCGCAAACUCAAGACUAUCCCGCGUGUCCCAGCUCACAUACAGCAAGUCUAUCUUCAGUUCAACGAAAUUGAGGCUGUGACUGCAGAUUCAUUCAUCAAUGCAACUUAUCUUAAAGAAAUCAAUCUCAGCCACAACAAGAUUACAUCUCAAAAGAUUGAUUAUGGUGUGUUUGCUAAGUUGUCAAAUCUACUACAACUUCAUCUACAGCAUAACAACUUAGAAGAAUUUCCAUUUCCUCUUCCCAAGUCUUUGGAAAGACUUCUUCUUGGCUACAAUGAGAUCUCCAGAUUGCAGACAAAUGCCAUGGACGGGCUAGUAAACUUGACAAUGCUUGAUCUCUGUUAUAAUCAUCUUGAAGAUUCCAUGUUACAAGAAAACAUACUUGCUAAAAUGAAAAAAUUAAUGCAGCUCAACUUAUGUAACAACAGAUUAGAAUCCAUGCCUCCUGGUCUGCCUUCUUCACUUAUGUACCUGUCUUUAGAAAAUAACUCAAUUUCUUCCAUACCAGAAAAUUACUUCAGUGAACUUCCAAAACUUAAUGCUCUACGAAUGUCACACAACAAACUACAAGACAUCCCAUAUAAUAUUUUUAAUCUUUCCAACCUUAUAGAGCUCAAUGUUGGACACAACAAACUGAAACAAGCAUUCUAUAUUCCAAGGAAUUUACAACACCUAUACCUAGAAAAUAACGAAAUUGAAAAUAUCAAUGUUACAGUGAUGUGUCCAUCUAUUGACCCACUACGUUACCACCAUUUAACAUACAUUCGUAUGGACCAAAAUAAACUAAAAGAGCCAAUAAGCUCAUACAUUUCCCUCUGCUUCCCUCUUCUACACACUAUUUAUUAUGGCGAGCAAAGAAGCACUGAUGGUCAAACAAUACAGCUGAAGACCCAAGUUUUCAGGAGAUUUCAAGGUGAUACAGAUAGUGAAGAACGUGAUGAUCAACAAGAAGGUCCAGAACAAGAAGAAACAGAAGAAAACAUUGACCCUCAUUAUUAUGGAAGUUAAGAAUGACAAGAAACUAUAAGUAUACAUUUAUGAUUUUAUACAUUAUUCAAUAUAAACUUAACUAAACAUGGAUAGCUUACAAUAAUAUCUAGAAUCAUGUAUUAGUAUAAGAUCAGACCGAAUUUAAGUUCUUGGUAACAUCUGCAUCAUUACAUAAGGUUCAAACCUACUUAAAAUGAUACAAGUCUUCAGAAAUAUAAAUCAGAAUGACAAGUGGGAAUAAAAACUUAACUUUAGGGGUGCCAGG